UCCUGCAACACGUGUUCUCUGGUCACAUGUGAUUUUGUCCGAAAAUUGAUAAUUUCUGACAGCUAAAUCAUCCGGAAAUUGUCAUAAUAUUGAAUUUUUAAAAUAUUUUUUUUGGCGUCUAUCCAUACGUUAGAGUAAGCACAAAGACAAGAUGUCGGACCGUAAGGUAGUUAUCAAGGAUGCAGACAUGAGCGAGGAGAUGCAACAGGAUUGCGUGGAUUGUGCCACACAGGCGCUGGAGAAGUACAAUAUUGAGAGGGACAUUGCGGCCUACAUCAAAAAAGAGUUUGACAAGAAGUACAAUCCAACCUGGCAUUGCAUUGUCGGCCGCAAGUUUGGCUCCUAUGUGAGCCAUGACACACGUCAUUUUAUUAACUUCUACUUGGGAAAGCGGGUUGUGUUGCUCUUCAAGAGCGGUUAACGAAGGGAAAAAGAGUAUAAUCAAAAAAAUGUGUCACAUAUGCA